UUUGAGUAAAUCUGAACUCACGGAAUAGUCCCACCAUCAGAUCUUCGUGUAGACUGGAGACAUGUCUGAUCUACAGGAGAGACAAUUCAGACUUUAUAAAGAAAUCCAGAAGGACUUCCGUAAGGAUGUGGAUCCAGAACUUCUCAUGGAUUACCUAGCAGGUUGUCUGACUGAGGAUGACAUAGACAGGGUUCGUACAAAACUUUUGAACAAGGGGAGGUCGAUUGCAGUGGAGGAAUUGUUAGACAGACUUCGGAGAAGACCAAACUGGGAGAAUCAUCUACUGGAGGCAUUACAACACCCAGAACUCAAGCUCAACCACCUCUUCAAGUUGUUCAUUGAAAAGAGCACUGAAUUACAAAUAAAAAUCACACUGCACAACAAAUGCAAAGAUGGACAUAACUGUGCACCAAGAGAACAGAUAUCUCCUGAUAUUAGUUCUCAGGUAGUGGUCGCUGAGAAAGAGCACGAAAAAGAGCCUAAGUCUGAACUAGGGAAAGUUUUGAAGGAAUUUAAGGCCAGAGUAGACCCUGAAGAUUUCCUGCAGUAUCUAGAAAAUUUGAAAGAAAAGGAUGAGGAUGCCAUUAAGAGUAAGCAAGAAAAAGAGGGAAGAGCUGAGGCAGCAGAGGAGCUGAUUUCUCGUCUACUCCUCUACAGACACUGGAAGGAUGACCUGGAAAAAGCAUUGAAAAUGCCUGGCAGUGGUCUGGAGGAUCUGGGAAGAACCCUUUGUGAAAUUGAUGUGGAAGUAAGUGAACUAGAGAAGGCAGUGAUGAGUGUCAACCACCAGAAUCUGGGGCCAGAAGAAAUAAAUCAGAAGAGAAUAUCUAUAUUGUAUGAGUUUGUGGGGCGCAGAAUGCUUGAUGUUCGGUCAGAAGAAGAUUUACAUGCACUUAAAGCAUUGACAGAUAAUGUGGAUGCCUAUCUUAAGAAACUUGGACAAGGAUCCUUAAUUCUAACAAUAGCUAUCAAUAGUCUUGAGACCCUGGAAAGUAUCCAGAAGAUGUACCAUGGUGGGGUGCUGCUGGAUGCAAUUCGGAAAGACAUACUGGGACAGGAUCGACUGUAUCAAGUCAGGCACUCGAUGGAGAAGUUUGAGCUCAUAGCUGAGAAGUAUGGAAUGGAUAAAUCUAUCCUUGAUUUCAGUGCAGACAGCUUUGAUGUAGAGGUUCAGAUCAAUCCAGUGGAAAUUCAAUACAGUCUUCUUAAUCUGAGAGCAUACAGAGAUUCUAGCAUUCCAGCAACAGCUAUUCAGAGCUUAAGGGAUUUCAAAAGGAAAAUGAACCCUAAGGUGCAGUUUGCAACAAACAAACAUGGGCUACAUCUCACUCCUACAGUCUGCAAGUUGUUAGAAGACCCAUUUGUUCAAGCUCAUUGUGAAGAGCUUGUAUCUAUUUUAGAAGGUUCAGAUUUGGAAGAUUCUGUAGUUAUCACUACAUGGCUGUGGAAAAAACUAGAAAGUUUUGUUGCAGAUCAUAAAUUUAAGGCUGAGUUGUGCAAACUUGGGAUAGAACUGGGAGAAGCAAGAAAGAAUGAUACGGGCGAAAAAGAAGAGCAAUGUUUCUUUGGUAUCGAAAAGGUUCAGGAUACAGUCAGACCUCAGAUAGCAGCUACAGGGAAAGUGGACUCGUGUGUCCUUUCUACAGAGAUAUGGGAGCAAAUACUGAAGGAGGGAAUUAUUAUCUUCUCCAAGGCCCAUCAGAAAUACUGUUUCAGUAGUCCAGUCCUGGAGCAGUUUCUGAUAUACAAUAGUGGUAUUUUGUCUGCUGUACAAUUAUGUGGGUAUUAUCCUCUCUUUAAGUUGGUAGAAAAUCCAAGAGAGUUUACCACAAUUCUGAUCAAUUCAGAUUUUACAAACAAACCAUCUGGAAAGAUGGAAUAUUUUUUAUUGCAUUAUGUUAUCAUGAAAUGCACUGAUCAAAGUCAUCGACUUGAUGCUCUCAAGACUCUUAUUCCAGCAGAAAAAUUGUACACAGUGGAAGUUCUGAAGGAUACCCAGGAAAUCCAAGCAAAUGUUCUACAUAUUCUUAUUCAGGAACAAAUGAUUGACAAAUUUGAAUUGUCCAUGGCCUCCAGUAGCAUGACUCAAUGGGAUGUUUCAACAGGAGUUGUUACUAAAUCAAUUAUGAUCCCAGAUAUCGAAAUUCUAGUUCAUCUUUCAAGUGUUCUUUCCACUCUGGGGACAUUGAAUAUUCAUGUCACAGUAGAUGAAAAUGGACAAAGACUGGCAGAGACCAAAUUGAAGGUCAGCCAAGGUGAACCUGUGUUUGGAAGAGGCUAUCUGUCACUCAAGUUUUCAGGAGCCAGUUUGAAUCCAGCAAAAGAUGUGAAGAUUCUGUGUGAAGGACUUCAAAAGACAGCAAACUUAUUUGAGCUUGAUUUGUCUAGAACUACUCUUACUCCAGAAGCUUACAGAGAGAUAUUACAGGCUUGCAGGUUUUCUCCUCUUAUUUCUCUUGUUUUGAAUGACACCAGACUGAUGGACCUGAGGAAGCCAGAACCGUUAGGAUUAUAUUUCCUCCCACAGCUAAAACGGUUGGAAAUGGAAAGAUGCAAACUAGGCAAUGCAGGCUUGCAAGCCAUGUCUUCAGAUUUCAAGGUAGCUGCCAAACUGACUGAGAUCAAUGUUGCAGACAAUAAUAUCACUGGUUCAGGAAUAAUGGAAAUAUCAGCUUUACUGAUGGACAAAGAAAAUCUAAGAAUAGUCAGAGUUCAUGAAAAUACCAUUGGGUACGAAGGGGCCAUGUCACUCUCGAUUCUGUUCAAAAAUUUACCUCUGCUUGAGGUUGUAAACCUAUGCAGUUGUAAGGAAAUCUCAGAAAAAGGGUUUGAACUGAUUAUUAAAUCUCUGAAUGGAAAGAAUUUGAAGAAAAUGAAUAUAAGGGAAUGUGGAUUUUCCCAGUCAGUUGCGGAGAAAUAUUUCAAUCUUCUGAAAAACAUGCCCCACUUUCAGCAUCUAGAUUAUGGAUGUAAUGCCAUUGGUGUUUUAGAAGGAACUAUAACUGAAGGACUUUCAAACAUUUCAGCAUCCUUUUUAGAAAUGAUGAAGUGCAAUCAGCAUUCUUGGAAUCAUCUGAGUUUGUGGAAGUGCCAGUUAGGCUCUACGACCAUAUUCACAUCAAGUGAUCGCCUCCUACACCUAUCAACGUUGACUGACAUUUGUCUCCAAGAGAAUGACCUAGAUGACACAGCAGGAAGUUGCAUUGGUGAGUGUAUGGUGAAGUCCUGGCAUAGUCUGCGUUAUCUUAACCUACGGCAGAAUAAUAUCGGUGACUCUGGAGCGAGGAAGAUUUUAGAUGGAAUCCAUACCAAUCUGAAACUAGAGAAGAUUUAUAUAGACAGGAACUCCAUACAAAGUAUCGAAUUGGCAAAAGAUAUGAUUCUGUUCUUUUUUGAAAAGGCUCCGCCUAGUUUGAAAGAGAUGGAUAUUUCGUAUAAUGAUGUUACAGAAUAUAGGCGUCCUCAGCUGGAGAUUAAGAGAUACUUAGCAGGUAUGAAAGGGGCAGAAAUUAAAGAGAGUGAUGGACACACAGACAUAUCUUAUAAAAGUCGUACAAUGAAACUUUAGAUAAUUGCCAAAGGAAUAGCAUACUCUCAAGUACAAACCAAAACAUGUAAGAUUUUCCAAUGGAUUAAGCAUCAAGCACAUGUACUGUGUUGCAUGAUUAUGCUCAAUGAAUUGUUAUAUUUACUAAGCAGUACUGUAAGUUUGUAACAAAUUUUCAAUUUUUGAAUACUUGAAUUAUAUCUGCUUAAAUUUGUAA